AUGCCUCACCGUAGGAUGCUCAUCCAGGUGUUGUCGACCGAGCGGUUGCAUGACGAGAACGUCCCAGCUCGGGCUCUCGUACUGCAUGCUUUGCAGCAGCUCAAGGUGUCCAGCGAUCGAGAGAACAUCGAGAUAGCGGUCAGGAAUAUCAUAUGCGGCACGCAUGGCCGAGACUUGACGGAACUGAAGGCUCUGAUAGACUCCAAGGGUAGCUACCAGUCCCUGCACAAGCUAGUGUACCAUGAUCUCAAGACACGAUCGAUAAGACAUGAAAUUUCGCGGCAUAUGAUUACAGAAGCCCACCUGUUGCGGAAUUCUAACCGACCGUUCAAGUUCGGACGAGAACGACGUUCAUCAUCAGGAGUGGAUGGAGGCUUGACUGGAUUACGACGAAACUAUUCAAUGCCUAGUUUCCAGAAAGAACAGUAUGAUAGAAUGGCAGAUGCUAAUAAUAUCAACUAUGGUGACGACUACCUCGUGGAUCAAAUGAAUAUACGAGGGACGACAGAUGAAUAUGAGAUACUCGCUGGAUCCGCUCAAGCUAUGUCGGCGAAUCUCGACACGAGUGGUCCGUAUGAGUUCUCAGUGAACAGGCGUAUAUUUGAGAAUUGCCAUACGAAGGUGUUAUCGGAUGUUGAUGAUACUCUAGUGUGCUCUGGUGGGAUGCAUCCAGCUGGUUGUGAUACGAGGGCACAUCCCGAGCCAUGGCCCGCAAGUCCGAAUGAUAGCUACAACAUCCUUGGCAAUUUGGUGUUCCUCUCGGCCCGACCUCAUGUGUACAAGGAUCUCACUGAAAAUAAGAGUUAUGAAAAGUUCAUAAAAUAUUAUCAGGAUGGUGUCUUGCACUGUGUGCCGACUCUUUUGCCGGGCUCGAUGACGAAGGGCGCGGAUUUCCUUCUGCGGGAGAGGCUGGAGCCUCUGGCUGAGAAUAAGUACACGAAUUUCAAGGAGUAUGCCUCUUUGUAUCCAGAGUACGACUUUGUUUUUAUCGGUGAUAAUGGACAAGCGGAUGUGCGAGCGGCUGCCAAGAUGAUGGAGGUUCCUUUCGCCAAUCUUAAGAUGGCAUAUAUUCAUAAGGUCCAGGAUGGCGAGACUUAUGGUUUACCUUCUAAGGGUGACAAGAGGCUCGAAAAGUUUUACCUCUUCACCAACUACGUUCAAGCCGGCACUCAUGCAUAUGAGCAUCGACUGAUAUCCUUGGGUGGCCUUAAGCGACUGGUGCAGCAGGCCAAUGAUGAGUUCGAUGCGAUAGAGCCCUCUCUUCCCAAAGAGCAUCGACAAGCACUGCGUGACGACAUACAAAAGUCGACUGAAGAGUGCCUCCGAGAUAUACACGAGCAGGAUCCGCUGUUCCGGUUGGAAAGGCAUCAUCAUGCAGAGCCCAAGGAGGGGAAGGCCAAGGAGGAGAAGGGCCCUGCAACGGGAGAACCGUUUCGCGCUGGAUGUUUAUUGGCAGCUUUGAGAUCGUUUACUCCGCUCGAGCUGGACUGGGAUUAG